GUGCUUGAAGGCGAGGGCGGAGCCGCGAGACCUUCAUGACUGACAGACAGACUCCUCGAGGGUCGAGGGGCGCUGUCAAUCUCGUUCUGAAAUUCUCGUGGGACGGCGAGAUCGUUUGACAGGAAUUUGAGUAUCGAUCAAGAAUUUGUUGAAGAGUUUUCACGGCGAUCGAUCGAUCUUCGGUGGAGUUUUUCGCGAAUGGAGAGCUUGGAGGAGUAUCCGGUGGUGGAUAAGGAGAGUCGGGAGAAGGGAGGGCGGAAUGCGAGGAAGUUGAGGAUUUUCGACGAGAAAAUGCGGAACUUGUGCUGGCAAAAGGCGGACGUGGUUCCAGGGCGACACCCCGAGCGAUGGCGGAAGGACGGUGCUGGCAACGUGGUCUGUCGCAGUUUGACCCGGUGCACGGGCUGCCUUUGCUAUGAGUAUGACCAUAUCCAGCCCUACUCUAAAGGUCUCUCCCUGAUUUCCUUGCCGAUGGUCAUCACCCCGAGGACUCUCUUUGGGCUUGUCUCCGAUGAAGUCUUUGCUUGCAGAAACCAGGCCUGAAUCCAAGAAGCCUAGUCGCACUCCCAAAAGCAUCGUGAUCGUCAUCGUGAUCGUGUAGCUAUUCUUGUUGGAAUUGGAGCUUCGAGUUUCGACCCCGAGAACCUCUUUGCUGACAGCUUUCACCUAAUCUGGAAUCUUGCUGCAAUCUGGAAGGCGGGGAGACUGAUGUGAGCAACUGUCAAAUUCUUCAGUCGCGUGUCAAUCGAUUGAAGAGCGACAAAGACGAUCUCGGCAAGCAGGAUUUACAGCAGUAUUCCUGCAAUAUAAAGUUUGGAGAGAAGGAGCUGGAUCUCAUAGAGAUGGCUGUGUACGGCAACGUGGAACGCCCAGGAAUGCAGUGCCGAUGUAAGAGCGUGGCCGAAACCCUGGGGACAUCGUUAUCGAAAGCCAAAGGCCCUCAAAUGUCAUGUGAGCUGCCCUACAAGAGCACGAGCUAGCGCAGCGAGCUCGAGUUAGCAACGGAUUUGGUCUGAUGCACGAGACAUUGGACUUCAUCGUCAUUCUGUCAGAGAUUCGAAACCGCCGCUCGCCGAGAUAUUCUCUCUGCUGAAGAGUAUGUUGUUACCACAGAGUUAAACCUCCCAAUAAUGACAUAUAUUGGUACUUGGGUUUUACGUCAAGGUGUCGGUCACAAGAGUAAAGUGGGUAUAACCUCCUAAUAGUAACAUACAUUGGUGUUAACAUUAAAUGGUGUUAACAUUAAAUGUCAUUGUUGGGAGGUGCAUAAUUUUAAUUUAAUCUCCUAAUAGUAACAUUAGGGUGUUGGGGUUAGAUGUCAAUAUUGGGAGGUGCCAAUUAACAAAAUUAAAAUUUCAUAGAAUUUUUAUCUUGCAUUGCAUCAACCCUAAGAUAUUAUAUAAAUUUGUUAUUUGGUUUCAAAAUGGCAUUCAUUUCCACAUCUGUAUGGUCAACAUGGACAUUAUAAUUACAUUUAAAUUUAGAUUAAUACACACACAUCUGAGUGAAACAAUUAAUGAUAAUAUAUGUAGCAAAUUAUGGGUUUAGGGUUAAAACCUAAACCCUUAGUUAAAUCUAGAAAGUGUGAAUUGUUGAGAUAUAACUUUAAAUAUAUUUAUGACACAUUUUUGUAAUCUCAUAACUAUGUAUUGUGAUAAUGAUAGAAAUUUUUAUUUUGAAAUUGUCACUAUUGUAUAAUAUCAUGUCACUAUUGGGAAUAGUGACGUACCGUUAUUAUUGAACAGAUUCACACGUUAGAAACUAAUGGUUUUGGGAUUUUAUGUCACUAAUGAGAGUAUGUCACUCAUAAGAGGUGACACUAUGGGGAGGUUUAACUCUGUAUAUUGACACGAUUUCAACAUAAUGCCGUAUCCGAGAUCGGGUCGAGAGCAUUCCCCCGGGAAUCCCCCGGGAAUAGAUAACUUACUUCCGGAACAGGGGGUGAAACAGGGGGACAACCGGAGGAAUCCGCUGGUGCACUCUUGCUAAGAGGGGGCUACACCCGGAGGAUUUUAAGGGUUAAACCCGGGGACACCCGUUGUAAAUGUCAUUUUAUUGAAAAAUUUUUGGGAGCAUUCACACGAAAAUAGCGGACUCAAUAGCUUUCAAUCCACUGGGAACACCCGGAAAUUUUUUCCGAAAAUAUCCGGGCGACCCCGAGAAAUCAAGAAUGCUCUAGUCAGAACGUCGGGGCGUAGCCCCGGACGUUUUGUGGCGCAUUUCCGGGGUCAGCCGGUGGUUCUGAGCCAUGCCUGUCAAACCCUGGUCGAGAGACUGAAGUAGUCGGCCUGCAUCUGUAGGAAUCUUAGUUACGAACGGGAAUAUGUGUAAGUCGAUCGGAGAUGCACAUAUUCAGAGUGCCAAAUCAGUGACUAGGGCCAUUCCCCAGGAAGAUUUAUUUGAACAUCAUACGAUGUCUGGUUUUGAUCCAUGAUGUAGUUGCAUGUCCAUGAAUCCACAGUUUCUAUCAGCUCGGAAGGGUUGUAGACAUCCGCCUAGUUGUUCUAGAUGCAUGGAAUCAUGUUGACUUCAGACAAUUUUCGACAUCUUUCUUUUACUGUGGAAUAGGCCACGUACUUUAAUUAGUACAUGUAAAGUGAUGAAAGUGUUGUAAUAUCUGGUCACUUGGGUACAAUCCACGGGGUAACAGACACGCGUGAUGGCAGAUGUGUCCAGAUUUUAGUUCGCAGUUAUCAUUGCACUCAUAUUUCAGGUGUAAAAUCUCAAUCAUGGUUUUACUCCUUUUCAAGUGGACCGAGCAGCAUCGGAUGGACUUCAGAGUAACACGAUGCAUAAAAUAUUCAUGGAGACAGACAUGUUGGUUCGUCUGGACCUUUUUUAUUUGACCAUAUGCGGUCAAAUAAAUUACUUUACAUGGAAUGCAGUUAUCCCAGGGGUCAGUUACGAGGCUGCAUUUUUCGUCCGUGAGACGAUCGAUGCACAGUAUUGGAUCUUCUAUAGUGUUUUCUUCAAAUAUAAUUUUUCUUCUCGUAAUGUGACUCUUCCGCCCGUAAGUUGCCGAUUUUGCAC